AUGGCUCCAACAUAUGACAAGACUUUCGUCUCGCCCGAGGUCGAUGCCCAGCCCAAGAGAAUUGUAAUCUGCUGUGAUGGAACCUGGCAGUCAGCAACAUCCUUGGAUCCAACAAAGGGGUGCUCUUCCAAUGUCGCCCGGUUAUCUAGAGUACUUGCCAAUGCUGGGAAGGACAAGAACGGCAAAGAAUGGCAGCAACUCGUCUAUUAUGAUGCCGGGAUUGGGACGGGUGAUAUCACCGACGUUGAGAAGAAGAGACAAGGUGGUCUGGGGUCUGGGCUCAUCGAGAAAAUCCUCGAAGCCUACAACUUUCUUGCAAACAACUUUUGCGCGGGCGAUCAGCUUUUCUUCUUCGGGUUCUCUCGGGGUGCUUACACGGUUCGAGCGACUGCCGGGCUUGUGUGUCAGCUCGGAGUCUUGAAGCCAGCUUCCAUGUCAACCUUCAUCUCUUUGUAUAACGAGUAUGUCCACGGGAAGGAUGGGGCUGGAAAGUCGUUCGAUCGGUAUCCGGCCUGGACAGAAUUCACAGAGGCUAGCAAGGCAACUGGGGGCCAUGCUAUUUCCCUUCCAGCCGAGAUCAAGAUCCAGGUCAUCGGUGUAUGGGAUACUGUUGGUGCUCUUGGUAUUCCAAAUCUGGGACACUUCUCGCAUUUUAAGCUGCACAGGGCACACCAAAAGGCCUACCAGUUCUACGACACUACCCUCAACGAUAGAAUUCUUCAUGCAUAUCAAGCACUCGCCCUCGACGAGCGCCGCGAAUCCUUUGCCCCAGCCAUGUGGAAACUCAAACCAACACCCCUCAUAGACCCCAAAGGCGAUCCCAACGGACCACGCGAGAAGCCCAAGACCGCCCUCUGCCAGUGCUGGUUCCCCGGCGCCCACAUCAACGUUGGCGGGGGCAGCUCUGCCAACGCAGGCAAGAGCCCCAAGGGCGACAGGGAGCAGCUAGCUUCCGUCAGCUACGGCUGGAUGCUGGACCGGAUCCGACCUCACCUCGCACUCUCCGAGGCGGCCCUCGCCGGCCAGAUCGCCGAGUUCAAGCGGAUGGCGGAGAUGGAGCCCGAACCCGAGACGGGCUGGUCCAUCUGGAACGCGCCCCGGUUCGUCAAGAACCUCAUCUCGGACACGACGAACAAGGCGCUGCCGGCGGGCUACGGCAUUGGCGAGAUCGACGACAGUCACACGCCCAUGUACUGGCUGAUGGCUUUCCCCAAGGAGCGAGAGCCGAAUUUCUACGACUCCGUCGCCCCCAGCAAGAAGGUUCCCGUGGAGGAGCAGUGGUACACGGUGGAGCGCAUCCAUCCGAGUGUGCAUUACAGGCAGCAGGCUCAGCUGGACCACGGCAUGCAGCCAUAUGUUCCGGCUGCCUUGCAGGGGUGGGAGAGGAUCGAGGAAUCGCAUGGAAUGGGGAGAGACGGUGCGAGGAAAGGAUGGAAAUGGGUCAAGUUUAACAAGAAGAGGGAGAGGCUUGAUGAGAUGUGGGAGUUUGAGAUUGGGGGCUUUCCUGAGGGGAUGAGUGUGGAGAAGAGGCUCAUCGAUGCGAGUCUCGUGAAGGACAUCCACGAGAAGGCUAGUGCCGCGUGGAAGAAGUGA